UCCCCUCCCGGUGCCGCCGAGGCCCGUCUCUCCUCCCCUCCCCGGCGGCGGGCUCAGCAGGAAGGCACCCCGCCUCCCCUGCCGCCGGAGGAAGCCUCGGCGGCCCCGGGGCGGCUCUGCCCCAGCCUCCCGGCGGCUGCCCGCUGCCGCGCCUCGGCUGCACUCGCCUCCCCUUGCGCUGGAAGGACGGACGGACGGACGGAGGGAGCUCCCCGUCCCCCGGCGCGGCGGCCAUGGGGCCGCGGGCGCUGCCCGCGCUGCUCUGCGCCCUGGCCGUCCUCGGCUGCCCGCCGCCCGCCGCCGCCGCCCGCCUCGCCUCCCCAUACAAUGGCAGCACACCACAGAUCAGAAGUUUUGUACUCUCUUUUGUAAGUCACCAAGAUGACCUUAUACCUGCUGAAGGUGAUACUGAAAAUGACUUGGACGCUGCAUCAGGAGCCACCAAUGAGACUGGAUCCUUCCUACGUGAACAACGAACAGUGUCCGUGCAAACAGCACAGUUCCUCACCAGUCCAUGGCUGACGCGUUUUGUUCCUUCAGUUUACACUUUAGUGCUUGUGCUGAGUCUCCCCCUGAAUAUUACAGCAAUACUCGUGUUUCUGAAAAAAAUGAAAAUUGAAAAGCCAGCCGUAAUAUACAUGCUGAAUUUGGCUCUUGCAGACGUCCUGUUUGUAAGCGUGCUUCCUUUUAAGAUUGCUUAUCACUUUUCUGGAAACGACUGGAUUUUUGGACCUCAAAUGUGCCGUUUCAUCACUGCUGCCUUCUACUGUAAUAUGUACUGUUCAAUAAUGCUUAUGACAAGCAUAAGCUUCGAUCGCUUCUUAGCAGUGGUGUAUCCCAUGCAGUCUCUUGGAUGGCGUACAUUAACACGUGCCUCGCUGAUUUGUUUCGUCAUAUGGCUUGUAGCAAUAUCUGGGGUUAUACCUUUUUUAAUCAGAGAGCAAACGAUGGAAAUACCCAAGUUAAAUAUAACUACUUGCCACGAUGUGUUAAGAGAAUAUGAACUUCAUGGCUAUUAUCUCCACUUCUUCUCCAUCUUCUCUUCUGUGUUUUUUGUAGUCCCAUUUGUAAUUUCCACUGUCUGUUACGUGUGUAUCAUUCGAUGUCUUAGUUCUUCGACCAUUGUUGCAAAACAAAAUAAGAAGACACGUGCUUUGUUUUUGUGUGUGGCUGUUUUUUCUGUUUUUGUUAUUUGUUUUGGACCAACAAAUGUCCUCCUACUAAUUCAUUAUAUCAGUUUUUCUUAUGAUAACAGCUUGGAGUAUCUCUACUUUGCCUAUCUACUAUGUGUUUGUAUCAGCAGUGUUAGCUGUUGCAUUGACCCAUUUAUUUACUACUACGCUUCUUCUCAGUAUCAGAGACAACUUUUCAGCCUCUUCAACUGUAAAAAGACUUUUGAUCCAAACAGUAGUAACAGCAGUGGCCAGUCAAUGUCUACCACUAGUAGAAGGGCUACAUGCUCUACUAAUGUGAAUAACAGUGUCUACAGGAAAUUAACUAGCAAUGCACUGAGAUAACAUGUCUUACAUAUGCUUAAUUUUUAGACAAUUUCAGACAAAACAAACAACCAACCUGUAUUAUAUCCAAGAAAUGCAAAACCUUAAACCAAGUUGUUGUACAAUGCCUGGUUCUAUGGAUUCAUUAUAGUAAUGCACAAUUCAAAUUAUAACUCUGUAAAUGUAUAAAUACAUAUAUAUAUAGUAUAUGUAAAUAGGUUAAUGUAGAGGGGGAAAGUAACUUCUUCAUAAUAGUUGUUGAGUGGUUUUCAAAUAAAGUCACUUUUUCCAGACAAA